UGCACUGUCAUCCCAAUAACUGCAGUGCUGCAUCAUUUAGAUUCAUUACUAGGGGAUUAAGUGGGUCAAGGCUGGCAUAUUUGAUAUUUUGCAUGGGUUUAAUGCGCCAUUGCGUCUUUACACAGAAUUUAGAGCAGGCACAGAGCCUGCUCAGAGCAGCCUUAAUGUGGCUGUGUAAAGCACACACACAAUGCUUAAAUGUUGUCAUGCAUCAAAUCACAUCAAGCCACAUUUGCUCUAUUUCUUAGACAAGUCUAUUAUAAUUAUGGUACAUUUUUUUCACCUGUAAAACACAGCACACAAUGACACACACAUGCAGGGGUGCAUCAAAAAUGAGGGAAUAAAUCAAGGAUAAAAUGAACAGAAUUAAAAGAAUUGAAAUAAAGUUUCCCCCUAGUGGAAAGCAGAGCUGGUCAUGUGCAUGCGAGCAGUCAGUCAGUGAAGCUGGACCUCAGUGAGUCUGUGCGUGAUCGUGGGAGACUCGCAUCAGCUCACUGCCCACUCCACGCCCCCGCAGAGUCUCCCAAACUCUCGGUCGCAGGAGGAGAGAUGAUGUGGGGGAUGUAAGACACGGGGAUCAGCAGACAGCAGCUGGAUUCUCGGGCGAAAACCAGCCGCUCGGAUGGAGUGAAGACAGCAGACAGGCUACACGGUUGACCAGAAUCUGAGCCGGGAUGUGCCAACAGUGCUGAGGCCGGAGGAGAGGGGUGGGGGAUUCUGGGAUUCUAGAGGUGGAGAGCGAGACAUCAUGGGUGAUGGAGGGGCCUUGCACACAGAGGGCAAUGCCCUUCUGAAGGCGGUGUUCCAGGGCAAACUCCGUCUCGCACGCCUCCUCCUGGAGGGUGGAGCCUAUAUCAAUGAAGGGAACGAGCGAGGGGAGACGCCCAUAAUAGCAGCCUGUCUGGCAGGAUACGAUGAUCCGCAGACCCGGCAGAGAAUGGUGCGGUACCUGCUGGAGAAGGGAGCAGACCCAAACAUCCCUGACAAAUCGGGUCGGACCGCCCUAAUGCAUGCAUGUGCAGAACUGGCAGGCAAAGAGGUGGUGUCACUACUGCUGGAAAAUGGCGCCGAUCCCAGCUUGAAAGACUACUCCGGGUCCUCGGCACUUGUACACGCCAUCAAUAAGGGCGACAGGGACACUCUCCAGGUUCUGCUGGAUGCUUGCAAAGCCAAAGGCAAAGAGGUAAUCAUCAUUACAACCGAUACAUCUCCCUCUGGCACUAAAAAGACCAAGCAAUACCUGAACUCCCCACCAUCUCCGGGUAUAGUGGACAAGCUCUCCCCUGCUUGUAUGUCUCCGUCUGAAGUGGAGAUCCAUACCACUGGUUCUGCCCCCGGUGAGGAGGAGGAAGGUAUCUUCAGCUUCGCUGUGACUUCAGCACUCCCACUACCCUCUAGUAGACCACUGGGAGAGAGGAGACCACCACCCCGCAAGCUUCUGAAAAGACUGAACUCUGAGCCCUGGGGUCUGGUGGCUCCUUCCGUACUUGCUGAGAGAGCGGAGCGGAUAGAGGGCGAUUUAGCAGAGGAGGACAAGUUAGUCUCAGAGAUGAAUGGGAUGACAGUUUCCGGUCCAGGCAGACCUCUUCUGUCCCGAAGGCACAGUAUAGAGACCCAUGACCCAUCCUCUCCGAAGCUUAUGGACCGGUCCUGUUCGGAAGACUGUGCAGCACUGUGUGGCUCGUCCUGGGCGGAUAAAGUCCAUCAGCACCAGUCACUGUAUCGUAGAAACACAGCCCCUGAGACUCAGGACAAUGUGGCUCAGGCAUCGACGGGAAUCCGUGGCUUACCACACCCCAAACUCACCCGCAUGGAACACUACGAGUCGGACACCCACCUGUGUCCAGCCUCCAUCCCUGGAUCUCCAGAUUCUGGACGUGUCUCAGUGGAGCGGCGCAAGUACAAUGCCUCUCCCUUGUCGCUGCUCACUAGCUCUUCUCGAGAGUCUCUGGAGAGCAUUCCCAACUCUGUGUCUCCGCUCACAAUACGACGGCGUCCAACAGGACUGUUGGAACGGCGGGGAUCAGGGACUCUCCUCCUGGACCACAUCUCCCACACACGACCUGGAUUCCUUCCUCCUCUCAAUGUCAACCCCCAGCGACCCAUUCCUGAUAUCCGUGCCAAUGGAAAGCCCACUUCUCCCGUUCACUCAGGGAGCAAGAUCCUGCUGCCGGUCGCACCAUCGUCCCCGAAACGUGGGCCAGACUUCAAGAUGAAGAAGAAACUGAUGAGGAGACACUCAAUGCAGACAGAGCAGAUGAAGCAGCUUUCGACCUUCCGGGAAAUCCUCACAGAAAAGGUUAUGGAGAUGAAUGGAGAUUGAGAGCAAGAGAGAAGGAAAAUGAGAGAGUCAUUGCUGGCCGAGAGGCUCCUCACCGGGUUCAUCUACAUCAUCUUUGAGGCACACCUGCUCUGGUCCAGUUCAGCUCAUAUGACUAACACAUACAUCAAAAAUAUGCAUUGUGAAAACAAAACCAUCUUAAAAUUCAGAUUAUGAAAGAAAACGAGUCAUGGUCAGUCAAGAUCAUAAAGGGAUCAGUUCUUACAAAUGAUCUGUUCCAUGUUUUUUGAUGGAGAUCAUUCUAAUGUUUUUAAUUUUGGGGGGAUUAUUCCUUGACCAUUGAGAAUGUGUGAAGAUGAAACCAUUAGUGUCUGUGGAAGUGCUUUUGGUGUUUGAAUUUGCUGCAAACCCCAGAUGAGACCUGACAGAUUUGGUGAUCUAAAGGUCUCUCUAUGUAUUAGCGCUGUUAUGGCUAUCAGCUUCCUUCCUGUCAUGCACUGUCAGAAAAAUUUUCAAAAAUUGUAUUUUUAGGGGUACAACAGCUUGUCAAUGGGGCAGUACUUUUAAUAGGACAGUACCAGUACCAAAUGUGGAAAUGUAUUAAGGGACAAUAUUUGUGUAUAUAUUUUACAUACCCCUAAAAGGUGCAUAUUAGUAAUAGAGUAGUAAUAUGUACACUUAAAGUACUACUUUGUAUCUUUUAGGGGUAAAUAAGGUACAAAGAUGACCCAUUAAGGGUUCUGCGUCAGUGACAAGCUGCUGUACCCCUAAAGGUACAAUUUUUGCACAUUGUUUUUCUGAGAGUGUGGCUCUGUGAUGAUCCUGUGGAAAACUUGGGUUAAUGUCCCUCUGUUUUCCAUUCAUAAUAGCAUCAAGUGGUAUUCAAAACGUACAGGGUAAUUACUUCAGCAUUACAUUACACAUAUACAUUCAAGUAAUUUCAUUAAAAUGUGAAUUUAUUUUAAAAUUGAUUAUUUACUUAUAAAUAACAGAAUAAUGAAGCUUUUUACUGCUGCUUUUUUUGUUUUGGAUUGAAUUUUAGUAAUCGUAGUCUUUAGAGCUCUUUUAAUUUGGCAAUGGCAACCUUCCUGAUUUUUCCACAGGAUGUAAGAGGACUGGAGAUGGCUGACUGCUAAAUAUUCCUGUAACAAAUAAUAGUGAUGAACAUGUUUCUGAAGAACAUUUUAAUGUAUAAUGAAAGUGCAAAAAAUGUUUCAACUAGAUGAGUAUUUUUAAAGGAAACAAUUACAUGAAAACAAACUAAUAAUUGUACCAGUUAAACAUAGGCCUACUGCAUGUUUCAGGGCUUUUGGAUGGGUUGUUUAUCUUUCUUAAACUCUUAUAAGUGAUACAAAAUAAGUGAAGUGCAAUUUUUGAAACUCAAAAUCCCAAAGAAACCCUACAAACCCCGUCCAAACCACAGAGAUCCACCCUGACCCCACUCAGCGGAGGGGAGAGAGAAACCCCUCACCUAACGCACACUCCCAUCUGGAGACACAGAGCACAGAUAUUGUGUACAUACUGUACAGAGUACAAUUGUGUCUCAAGCGUUUAAACAUGCAAUAUUCUGUGCUGCCUCAGCACUGAUUUCAUAUUAUUAUCGUGAAUGUGAACAAUCACUCGGACGUGUCUGUGGUAACAUGAUGCUGCGGUAAAUAGUUCAAGACGAGCUGGGGCGAGCUCAGUUUACAUUCAGAGGAGGAAUUUCUGCACAAAAUACAUGAGAAUGAAUUUCCCUAACGAGCUGCAGUGCACAGUGUGUCCGUGUCAAACACAUAGUUCAACUCAAGCUUAUGAUGUGAGUGAAUUUAGUGCUUCUGCUUUGAGAUGUUCUACACUUGAUGUGAAUUAACCUUAGUGUACUUGAAAUAUAUCACGAAAAACAAAAAGAGGAAUAUUUUUUUAUGCCUGUAGGGUUUUAUUCUUGUUGUUUUUUAUUUUUAUUGAAAUGAAUUUUAAUGUUUAAUACCGAAUUGUUGGUGGUGCAAUUUCACUUUGACGGUAGCUUUUGUGUUCCAGGAUGUUUGUAGGAAAUAAUGUAUGAGCAACCGGAGCUCAGCGGCUACAGCAAUCUUCCUGAAUACGGUCGUGAUAAAACCCAUCCGUCUCCUGUUGAACAGACAGACUGAAAUCCAGAUCUCUGAUUACCAAGCUAUUUGUUAUCCUGAUAUAAUUAGGAGAAUCUCGGCACUUUGCUGUGUAUUCAUUGAUUUUAGCGAUUCUCCUCUUUUCAUUUAACACACAUGCGAGAUAACCGAGUCACAGGAGUUUGAUUUGUUUCUAAAUAUGUUUGUAUCUAAAUAUAUCCAAUAUUUCUGACCUGCUGUACAAAACAUCAAUUUAAAUGGGUUGAAAUUGUGUUAAAGUGUACCUGAAAAGAUGUUAAUAGUGUAAAGGGUGUUUUAGGUGCUGUACACAAUGGACCUCUGUCUGUGCUACACUGUCGUUGGGUAGUUUGAGCCAGUGUUCUGCUCUCCAUUCACAUAGAAGGGUCACAGUUACACUAUCAAUGCAUUAUUUAAUGGACUAUGGAUUAACUAUUUCUUGUUAUUUUGUAUGUUUAGUGUGAUACACAGGUCAAAUGUAGUAAGCCAAAUAAUUUUAAAAAAGUAUUAAAUUAUUUAAAAGUAAAAA